AUGGGGAUUGAAAGAAGAAGGUUCUAUCAGAAACUCACGGUGUUUAUAGUCCUUAUGUUUGUAUCGCCGAUAGCAGUCCAUGUGAUUGGAAAAUGGUUUGAAUCCAAUCCUCCGGCGAUCUCGUUUAUAUCAUUAUUCUUAGUCUUGGGAUCGAUGGGGGCAAUAUGCAAGCUCGUGAUCGACAGGGAGCAAGAGAAAAGGAAUAGAAGAGAAAGAAAAAUUAAAGUCAAAUAA